CAAAUGCACAGAUGCUCCAUACCUCUCUCGAAUCAUAGCCUGACAUAUGUGCUAUAAUAAUAUGGAAAAUUAAUUAUUAAUAUGUCUCUCUGUUCAUAUAUGGCAUGCAGCUGAUGAUUCACGUGCAAUACAUAGCGCGUUGUGCAGACGAACAUGGCAAAUUAAAUUUGUCUAUAAAUUUAGCCAUCGUCCACACAGCUUAAGAUUGUAAAAUUGUUGUGCUAGCUUAGCUUGUAUGUGCUGAGCUUUGGCUCCCCCCGGCGCACCGCUGAAGCCUCGACUCGCAGGCAGCCAUGCCGAUGAGAAUCGAGCGUGAUCUCCACAUGGCCACAGGGAACGGAGAAACUAGCUACACAAAAAAUUCUAGGAUUCAAGAGAAAGCUAUGUUUCAGAUGAAGUCGGUCCUUGAGGAGGCCACUAGAGCAGUAUGCACAGCUCUCCUCCCACAAACCAUGGUUGUGGCCGACUUAGGCUGCUCAUCCGGGCCUAACACACUGCGCUUCGUCACUGAGGUGACUAGAAUCAUAGCUCACCAUUGCAAGCUGGAGCACAACCGACGACAUGACCACCCGCCGCAGCUUCAGUUCUUUCUGAAUGACCUGCCCGGUAACGACUUCAACAAUCUCUUCCAGCUCAUCGAGCAGUUCAAUAAGUCAUCGACGACACACAAGGGAGAUGCAGCAACUGAGGCACUACAGCCUCCUUGCUAUAUCUCCGGAUUGCCGGGCUCCUACUACACUAGGAUCUUCCCUAGCGAAAGCGUUCAUCUUUUCCACUCUCUGUUCUGCCUUCAGUGGCGCUCUCAGGCACCAGAGCAAUUGAAGGGCACCCAAAAAUCAUGCCUAGAUAUCUACAUCACAAAGACUAUGUCACCAUCGAUGGUGAAGUUGUUUCAACAUCAGUUUCAGAAGGACUUCUCCCUCUUCCUCAGGCUACGCUAUGAGGAACUCGUGUCUGGUGGCCAAAUGGUUCUAACAUUUAUUGGAAGGAAGCAUGAGGAUGUGUUCGCUGGAGAGUCCAACCAUCUUUACGGAUUGCUUGCGCAGUCACUGAAAUCCCUAGUUGAUGAGGGUGUUGUGGAGAAAGAAAAACUUGAGUCAUUCUAUCUUCCGAUCUACUCACCGUCGGUUGGUGAAGUGGAGGCGAUAGUGAAGCAACUUGGGUUGUUCAACAUGAAUCAUGUUAAAGUAUUUGAGAUAAAUUGGGAUCCCUACGAUGACUCAGAAGGUGAUGAUGUGCAUAACAGUAUUGAGAGCGGUGAAAAUGUUGCUAAGUGCCUACGCGCAGUUAUGGAGCCGCUGGUCGCAAGCCAAUUUGGAGAACGCAUACUCGACAAGUUAUUCAAAGAGUACGCUCGCCGUGUUGCCAAACACCUUGAGACUGAGAAAACCAAGCAUGCUGUUCUUGUCCUAUCCAUCGAGAAAGCAAUAAUUCAUGUGUGAAGUGUCUUGUUUCUCACUAUAUAUCUUUCCAUUAUUAUCACAUGGUAAUAUAUGUUUGUUUUGAAUGUGCACGUUUGUGUCACUAGCUGGUGUAUUGAAUGUCAUGGUGUUUUUGUUGUUUUCUUUGUCGCUUCUCCUAUAUUUUAGAUGCCUGAAUUUUAAGGUGAUUUCAGGCAACACUCCUGUACAAGGAAUUAAUACAAAUAAAUUGCUCCUUUU